AUGUCCACAACAAUCACUCAACAAGCUUCCUCUGAGCACAUCACCAAGCUCAAUACCGACCCUACCACACCCCACGAUGUGGAAGGAAUCAUGAACUAUCACCUCGACUCAGAAGAUGGUAGUCCACCCGCACCCAACAUCGUAGCCAAACCUAGCACAUACGAGCGUCCUGUACAUUCCGUCAAAGUUACUAUCCACGACAUCCGUGGUUCGGAAGACCAACAUACGUUGGAUACUUCUGGUUUCCAGAUUGUGAAUCAUGUUAGUCUGGAGAAGGAUUUUGUGGACGAGGAAAAGAUCAAGAGUGAUUAUUAUAAAGAGACAGAAGAACUGUUGAAAAGAGAAACCGGAGCCUCUAAAAUCUUCAUCUUCGAUCAUACGAUCCGUCGCCAAUCUCUCAACGGUACAGACCCAGCACCUAGUACUACCUCAACAGCUACAGACAAAGAAAACACCUCUCCCGUUGUCGUGCAACGCGGCCCCGUUCAACGCGUCCACAUUGAUCAAAGCUACAUUGCCAGCGCCAACCGCGUAUCCUACCAUCUCCCCGACGAAGCCAACGAACUCCUCAAAGGACGAUUCCAAAUCAUCAAUGUCUGGCGACCUAUCAAAACCAUCCUGAAAGAUCCUCUUGGAGUAGCAGCUGCCAAUUCAGUCGACGAUAAAGAUCUCGUUCCUAUCAAAUUGAUCUAUCCCGAUCGCGAAGGAGAGACCUAUGGUGUUCGCUAUGAUCCUGGUCAUAAGUGGCAUUAUUUGUAUAAGCAGACGCCUGCGGAGGUACUGUUGAUUAAAUGUUUUGAUAGUAAGACGGAUGGGAGAGCGAGACGCGUUCCGCAUAGUGCGUUUGUGAAUCCGGAGCAUGAAGGGGAGGAGAAGAGGGAGAGUAUUGAGGUUAGGGCGUUGGUUUUUUACCCAAAUGAUAGAGAGUAG